AUGACAGCGACCGCCAAGAAACUACUGCGUGGCACCAACAGCAUGUUCCUGAACGGAUGGCCCAACUCGCCCUUGCUCACCGUCACCGCCGUCGUCGUCCUCGACGACGAAGCGGAGCGCGUCGCCCUCGCCACGAUCGCCCUCGAUUGGCUCGCCCAGUCCGAAGACACGUACGAUUGGGACUAUGUGCACCAUGUCGUUCAAGAAGGUGUCGAACAAGCCGGCUAUCUCGGUGACGAGGCCGGAGAGCCUCUCGAUACGGACUCGCCAUUGCGAGAAGGGAACUUCACCUUCGUUCCUGCUCAAGGUUCAGUCCAUUGCAUUGGCCGAGUCGGGUCGUCGGCACAGCUUACACCCGUCCAAUCCCGGUCAGCUAGACAUACAUCGCUUUCCCCAUAGAGGAUGUCCAGUUUUUCACCCCGACAGUCGGACCCGUCGGAGAAGAAAAGGGAGAGUUGCCGAGGUGCUUCAUGGCGAUAGAUGACAACGACAACAACACGCUCUGCGAUUCCCCACCCGCCUCGGAAGAAGAAGAGAUGGCUAGUACUCACACCUUCGAGGCGUGUGACUCGUGAACGAAUCUUUGACUUUGAGGUAACUCCCAACGUUUUGCUUGGUUCAACAGGAUUGGUUUCGCGACGCCGUUACCGAACGUGACGGCUCAGUCUGCGUCGUGACCGACUGCACCAGCGCCACCUACUGCUGGCCUGUACACAUCGUUCCUCCCAGUCGACACGACGUAAUUUUUUAAUUUUUUUUUUUUCACCAGACUCGCAAGACCCGCCCUGACCUGAGCUAUGACCCUACAGAUCUGGGACAAGUUGGGCGUCAGUGGUCGCUACGAGCUAUCCGCCGGCUUGCUUCUCAACCUGUGCUUCUACACCAUGUUCGCACAUUACGCGUGGUCCAUUUAUCCUUUGGGGGUCAGUAUCCAAUCUCCCUCAAUCGUCUCGUUUUCAACUCGCAGUAAAGCACUGUCGCCCGUCUCUGAUUUACUCAACGCCCCCAGGACGGAGAAUUCGUCGUCCACUGUUUCGACCCCACGAUCAAAACCCCCCUCGGCGAGUCGCCCCAUGGCUACGUCAUCACGCGUGAACGGUUCAACAUCCAAGAUGAUACCGAACUCCCCCAUGAGGACCUGCUGCGUUGGCAUUACCGGCAGUGUGUGCUGCGACACCUCCGAGGCAUCGCAGUGCUCGAGUGA